AUGAACGACAAAAAUGCUUUAGACAACUCCACGUGUGGACAAGGCGAAUUGUCCCUGCUUCGAAGCUGGAUAGCCGCUUUCGAAAGUAUCAUGAAUCUCUUAACUGCUGCGCCGUUUGGUAUGGCGGCUGAUAUAUAUGGACGUAAACGAACACUCCAGUUGGCCAUUACAGGUACCAUCUUGGCGCAGACAUUUGACGCGGUUAUUUGUCGUUUCCCAGAAACGUUCCCAAUCCACUUGAUGGCGUUGAAGGGACUUUGGGCUCUCUUAGGAGGUGGUAGCACCGUUAUUUCGGCCAUGAUAUUCACCAUAGCAAGUGAUAUCAGUCUGGAUACGCAAAGCUGGAUUUCCAUAUACGCCGGGUUUGGGUGCCUAGUUGUGUCGUUCUUGAUCACGCUCUCCUUGCCAGAGACUCGCGUACCAGACCUCAGGAGUGGUGGCCUAAUGAUGGCAUCCGAGACACGAAUCCCUUCGUCUUCUAACUUUCAACUCACGCCGUUCCUAACCCGCUUCCUGGUCAAGAAACUACGCUUUAGCCCGCUGAGAAAGGAUGUACUUAUCUCACGGGCUAGUAUUAUAGCUCUUGUGGCCGGAUCUUUGGGGAUAGUAAUUACAAAACAAGCCCAGUUAACAGUCGCAGCUAUCUACGUCUAUGCUCUUGGAUGUGGCUAUAACCCAGCUAUGUAUAGCCUCCUUGGCCUUCUGUCUGGGGGCCAUCACAUUGGCAUAUUAUAUGCAAAUAUUGGCGCAAUGCAAAGCAUAGCUAUGUUCCUGGCUGCUGUUCUCUUCGGUAUUAGGCUAGAGUUGGAAAAUUUCAUGGUUUAG